AUGAGUAGUGACCCUGUUCCAUCUUCAUUCGAGGGCAACCCUCAGUUCGAGGAGGAGACUUCUUUGCAGAAGUUCCGUAGACGUCUCAAGGAGGAACCCUUGAUUCCGCUCGGAUGCGCAGCUACCAGUUAUGCUCUUUACCGCGCCUACCGAUCGAUGAAGGCCGGUGACUCGGUCGAAAUGAACCGGAUGUUCCGUGCCCGUAUCUAUGCCCAGUUCUUCACACUUAUCGCCGUCGUUGUCGGAGGCAUGUACUUCAAAACGGAGCGACAGCAGCGCAAGGAAUUCGAGCAGAUGGUGGAAGAGCGCAAGAGCCAGGAGAAGCGGGAUGCCUGGCUGCGUGAGCUGGAGAUCCGUGACAAAGAGGAUAGGGACUGGCGGCAACGUCAUGCGGCUAUGGAGACAGCGGCCGCGGAGGCAGGAAAGGCUGCUCCUAAGCCUAGUGCUGAGCAUGAUACUGCUCGCUCCGUUAUCGAGCGUUCCGAGGAGAAGCCCAUUGGUGUGUUAGAUGCAGUGAAGGAGUUGCUGUCGAGGAGGAACUAG